UGCUGAAGCCAAUCAAAAGAGAGAAAAUGCCAAUGAAGAAAAUAAAUCGUUGUUGCUUGCUCUAAAACAGUUAGAGGACGAUAAAAAUUCUAUAAUUGUAGAGUACAAAGGACUUCUUAAUAAUGAAAGGGACGAAUAUGCGAAAUCUGUUAAAGAUUUGCAAUUAAAAAUUGUGGAACUGCAGUCAAACUUAGAUAGGCGGGCCAGUGAAUCAAGUGCUUCCAACGGAGAAGCGUUGAAAGAAGUCGUUACAAAAUACACAAUGAAAACUUCAGAAUUGGAAGACAAGUGUUUCAAACUACAAAGUGAACUUGAUGAGUGCAAAUCUGAACUGACAACAUAUCAAAGCGAAUCGGCACGGUGGAAGGAUUUGGCUACUGAAAGACUUACGAAAAUGGAACAGCUUAAUUCUCAACUAGAAGAACGGCACUGUCAUGAGGUGAAAUCGUAUAAAGCGGAGAACGAACACUGGUUGACUCAGUUGAAUGAAAUGCAACGCGAACACAUGGACCUAAGGACAAGGUUGACUGAUCAAAAAACUGUUUACCUAAAGCAGUUGUCUGAUAAAGAUACACAGAUUGAACAGUUACGGAUCAUUAUCAACAACCUCAGAACACAAGUAAUGAACAUGCAAACUCUGAUCUCUGUAAACGACCCCAGUUUCGACCUAUCAGCUAUAGUAGAAGUGGAUGAAACAAGUGAUGUGUUAUCUCAUCGCGAUUCAGAGAGACUCGAAUUAAAGUUUGAGUCCUCGGUCGACCUGCACGAUUCACAUAACGACGUUAUGAGGAUCCCAGCUUCUUCCACAACUAUAUGGCAAGAGCCAGUUAUUGAACGCUUGCGUCGAGAAAAGCAGUUAGUUGGAAAGCAGAAUGCUAUCCUUCGUCGACAGAUCAAAGUGUUGGCUUCGAAGGAGAGGCGAGCUCGCUUGGAUGCACAGAACCUUAAGAAUCAAGUGUUUAGAAUUAGCACGACGGGGCACAAAGUGACGACGGCUGAAACUGCGGCGUUGCACAAUAAGAUUGCAUCGCUACAAGCUCAACUGACUAGCGCAAGACGAGAAACUAACUCUAGCAUUGCGCUCUGGGAUAAAUGGAAGAGGGCACAACAAGCAUCCGAUCGUUGGCAGUCACGCUACGAAGACAAGUGCCAGGAAGUGACUAAACUGGAAGCCGGCCUCAGCCUCGCCAAGUCGAGUGUCGCGAGACUGGAAAAGGAGAAGCGAGUUCUGCUGACUAGGCUAAAUGAAGCUAAACAUGAUAGCCAAAUAAUAGCAAUUGAGAAACAAGAGGCCGAAACUCAAGAGAAACCUGAACGAUGUAGCAAGGAGUGCAUGUGUUCAGAGGCAGCACUGCCAGUCUCAUCGCAGGCAUUGUUGGAUCGAGUACAAGCUCAGCAGCGGAGGAUCGCGGCGUUGGAGAUUGCUGAGAAGGGUAACGAACUAUUAGUAGCGGAAUACGAGAGGUCUCUAGCUGAGAUUACUUCACUGAAGGGGCAAGUGUUGAAGCUGGAGUCCACGAUAUUGGAGUCUCAGAUACGCACCCCGCUCAAGUCCGGAGGAGACGCACAGCCUGAACUUAACUACUGGAAAAAUUACUGCGAAAUGUUGAAAGAAGAGAAUAUUCAGUUAACCCAGAAGAUAAAUUCCAUGGAGACGUUACCUACCACUGCGCAUCAGCAUAGAGUCAACGACCUUGAACAAACCGUCCUGACUUUAAGAGAUCAACCUUCUGGCUGUCUUCGAGAUCAACUUUCUGAUCUGCGUAAAAAAACCGACACUCGACUGGAUCGGAAGCAAGCAGGCACAAGCCCACGCAAGCCAAGCCAAACGCCCUUUUUACAUGCUUGCGAUUGCGUAAUUAACAAGCUACAAGCAGAGCAAAAGUCAGGGUCUGGUCACAAGAGAAUCGACUCCAGACCCAGUAGCAGCCGCAGUAACCGAAGCAAUACAGAAAAGGGUCGUCAUCAAUCGGAAUCUCAUCGGCUAGAAGUGGCGAACUUGAAGCGAACUAUACACGAUAAAGAUUUACUUCUAGAAAGAUCUAAGGAAAUGCUAAAAAUUGCCGCCGAGAGAGAAGACGAGCUGCUGAGAGAGCAACUUGCUUUGAAAUACCGGCUUGUUGAGUCUGAGGUUCCGUACUACAAGUAUGUGCCCAACCCAGUUCUCGAAAAAGACCAUAUCACAUUGUACUGGGAUCGGUCUAUCAUCACAGACAGGACUAUUGUAGCCAAUAAGCCUGACAUAGUGGUGGUAGACCGACUAGCGCGUCGCACGACGAUAAUCGAUGUUGCCAUUCCUCAUGACGAGAACCUCGAGAAAGCUGAGAAAGAUAAACAAUAG